AUGGCUUCUUACUACUUCCUCUUGUUUGUUCUUGUUACUGCUUUUGCACUUUCUGAAGCAGAUGACAAUGAGUUAUGCACAGAUUUCUAUUGCGACAGUUGCCCAAAUCUGUUGUCUAUAGUAAAUCAAGGAGUCAUAAAAGCCAUUCGUAAUGAAGCUCGCAUAGGAGCUUCGUUACUUCGAUUGCAUUUCCAUGACUGCUUUGUAAACGGCUGUGAUGGAUCGAUAUUGUUGGAUGAUACAAACAGUUUCAUAGGGGAAAAAACAGCAGCAGCCAACAAUAAUUCAGCUAGAGGAUUCAAUGUAAUUGAUGACAUUAAAGCAAGUGUAGAGAAAGCAUGUCCAAGUACGGUGUCUUGCGCUGAUAUUCUUGCUCUGGCUGCUCGAGACUCUGUUGUUAAUCUAGGAGGCCCUUCUUGGGAAGUAGGUUUGGGAAGAAGGGAUUCAAUCACAGCUAGUAGGGCUGAUGCCAAUAGGUCUAUUCCUGGACCAUUUCUCAAUCUUGACAAACUCAAAGCAAAUUUUGCUAACCAAGGACUCUCAGAAAAGGACUUGGUAGCUCUUUCAGGCGCACAUACAAUUGGGCUAGCCAGAUGUUUGCUGUUUCGAGCACACAUCUACAAUGAUUCCAACAUUGAUCCUUCAUUUGCCAAGUCACUGCAGAGCAAGUGUCCCAGAACUGGAAAUGACAAUGUUCACCAACCAUUCGACUUUCAAACUCCGACUCACUUCGAUAACCUAUACUACAAGCAUUUACUUGCUAAAAAGGGUCUUGUCCAUUCUGACCAAGAAUUGUUCAAUGGGAAUCCCACUACUGAUAAACUGGUGCAGAAAUAUGCUAAUGAUAAUGAAGAAUUUUUCGAAGCCUUUGCCGAGGGUAUGGUCAAAAUGAGUAAUCUAAACCCCCUCACAGGAAACAAAGGACAGAUCAGAAUCAAUUGCAGAAAAAACAACUGA